AUGGGAGACAUUCACGCUUCAGGUGCCGCAGACAUUACGGUGGCAUCUGUCCGGAGCAUGGUCUCUGGCGAGCGGCUGAGCAAAUACAGCCCCGAAAGAUUCAAGCUCGUCCUUGUCGACGAGGCCCAUCACAUCGUGGCUCCGGGGUACCUGCAAGUCCUCCAGCAUUUUGGCUUGGAACAGCAAACAAGUACUGGUCCAGCCCUCGUUGGCGUCUCAGCUACCUUCUCUCGUUUCGACGGCCUCAAGUUGGGGACAGCAAUCGACCACAUUGUCUAUCAUAAAGACUACAUCGACAUGAUCGGCGAGAAGUGGCUGUCGGAUGUCAUGUUCACGACUGUCAGGUCGAAAGCAGAUCUCUCAAGGGUUCGAAGUGGCAAGGAUGGAGACUUUCAGACGGGUCAGCUCUCGGCUGCCGUCAAUACUGAAAUCACCAACGAAAUCACCGUUCGGGCGUGGAUGGAUGAAGCCAGCGACCGGAAAUCGACCUUGGUCUUCUGCGUCGAUCUGAACCAUGUGGCAAGCUUGACCUCCACAUUCAGGAAACACGGCAUCAAUGCGCAAUCUGUCACCGGCAAUACGAAGAAGAGCGUACGUGGCGAACGACUUGAGUCAUUCAAGAACCGCGAAUUCCCUGUCUUGCUAAAUUGCGGUGUCUUUACUGAAGGGACCGAUGUGCCUAAUAUUGACUGCGUGCUGCUUGCGCGACCAACCAAAUCCCGCAAUCUGCUCGUUCAGAUGAUUGGUCGGGGUAUGAGAUUGUACCCGGGCAAGAAGGACUGUCAUGUUAUUGAUAUGGUCGCUUCCCUUGAGACUGGUAUCGUGACGGUACCGACCCUUUUUGGCCUUGACCCGUCUGAGAUGGUGAGGUCGGCCAAAGUCGACGACUUGAAAGCGUUGAAGGAUAGCCGAACCGAGAAAGAAGUUUCUACGAAUGCAGCAAGCCACCUUGUCGAUUCCGAUGGUGUGUCCGGCAAUCAUCAACUCGACUUCAUCCACUAUGACUCUGUGCACGACCUUAUCGAAGAUACUUCAGGCGAACGACACCUGCGCGCCAUAUCCCCCAAUGCCUGGGUCCAGAUCGAUUCUUACAAGUAUGUUCUUGCGGCGAGAGGUGGAAUCCUAACCCUUGAGCGCCGCCUCCCUACCGACACUCCCUACUCCAAAUCCGACUCUAAUCCUAGGGCCACUGACGCCUCGUACAUGGUCAUAUGGAAACAAUCUCUUCCCCCAACCGAGACUUCCAAAUCGCCCUGGUCUCGUCCUCGCACUGUGGCAACCGCCGCAACGCUCAGCGACGCCUUGCAUGCUGCCGACACGUUCGCGGCUCAGAAGUUUGAACGUGUAUUCAUCGCGACAUCAUCGUCCUGGCGCAAAUCACCCGCCUCCAAGGGCCAACUCGACUUUCUUAACCGACUCCGUGAAGUUUCUGAGGAGGAGCCCCUGACCGAGAUGGAUUUGACCAAGGGACAGGCUGGCGACAUGAUUACCAAGGUCAAAUUCGGGGUGCGAGGGCGAUUCGACAAAUUGAUGAGAAAGAAGCGCGGGGUGGAGAAGGGUCUGGAGAAGGAAAGACGAGUCAAGGAGAUGCGGGAACGAGAAGUCGUCAGGGUCGGGCCCGUGGACGCUUGA